AUGUCGGAGGUUCCUCCUUUCUUCUCUUUUCCCCUUUCCUGUCUGUCCACAACUCCUCACCCAGCUGACUUGUCCUUGUGUGAAUGGGAGCCAGAAAACCUUGAGAACUUCCAACCAAGCAGUGGUUUCUUCCUCGACGCGGACAUGGCACAAGAGAAAAUGAAGCUAGACUUGGAGCUGCUGUCGAGUUCAACCACCACAAAUGACAUGCUGAGAAGAUCCAACAGCGCCCCAUUGAUAAGUGGGCUUGGUGAUAACUCACAGGUGUUCCAAACUGACAUGGUAACUCCAAGAAAUGACACAAUGCUUAUGGCACAACAUUGUCUGGUCAAUACAAUGCCAGUGAAGAAUUCCAAGUCUGUGAUUGACAUGACCACAUUCUCAUCUUCAAAAGAUUAUCCUGGCUGCAAAGGGUUUUUACCACCUUCUCCCAUCCCCAUCCGUGCUUCCUUUGGUCGCCUUCAUCAAAUCAAACAGGAGGAAGGCAUGAAUUUAAUGACUGGAGAAGCAAUGCAUGAAUGGGAGGUACAAACCACACUACAGAUAAGUCGAUCUUGGGAAGAGAGUUUUAACCUGAGUGACAGUAAUUUAGAGAAACCAUCUUCAAAGAGCAUCAAUUUAAUUCCAGUAUCCCCAGCAGCUCCUCCCACCCAGAGGAUUGGGAAGCAAUGUUUUCCUCCAUUGUUACAGACUUGUGUGAAUUACACCACUUUGCCUCCAAGUCCCGUUUCUAGUCCCACGCAACGAUUUCCAAUAGGAAGUCAAAACCCCACCAACAUUAUUAGACCAAGUAUCUGUGGACCAUUAAAAGGAAAAGGUGAAAUGAUAUUUGAAGAUCGGCCAAAGAAACUUUUCCAAGGCACAACCAGGCCUACUCAACAGUCUGAUAUGAAUGAGUGGGAGAAGAGUUGGCCUAGUCAGAUACAGAAUCUUCCCAGUCUGCCCGAGGCUUCACCAGCCAAAGAGCCUCCAUCUGACACUGAUCAGAUCUGUAAAAUAAAAAAGAGGGCACCUUCAUUCUCUGACUUUGUUUCCCGCCAGUGA